GGAGAGCUUACGCAUUUUGCUUUGACGUUCUUGCGUCAAUCCUACGCCAUUACGUCCAAUAACGUGCGUAUGAUCCCGCUCGGUACAACUACUACUACUCUGCUGAGAGUUAGUUACUGUGAGUUGAGUGAAUCUGUGAGGGACAAUGUCGAGCGGAGAAACAUCGGUUAGUGAACAGGAGGGGAACGGAGGAAUAAUGGCUCUACCGAAGAACCUGGAAGGCUAUGUGGGCUUCGCAAAUCUUCCCAACCAAGUUUACAGAAAAUCUGUGAAGCGAGGUUUCGAGUUCACACUCAUGGUUGUGGGGGAAUCUGGGCUGGGGAAGUCGACGCUGAUCAACUCACUCUUUCUGACAGACCUGUACUCCCCUGAAUACCCGGGUCCUUCGCAUAGAAUUAAAAAAACUGUCCAGGUGGAACAGUCGAAGGUUCUGGUAAGGGAAGGAGGAGUGCAGCUUCUGCUCACCAUCGUCGACACCCCCGGCUUUGGUGAUGCAGUGGACAACAGUAACUGCUGGCAGCCAGUCAUCGAUUACAUCGACAGUAAGUUUGAGGAUUACCUCAACUCAGAGUCCCGGGUCAACAGACGGCAGAUGCCGGACAGCAGAGUGCAGUGCUGCCUGUAUUUCAUCGCUCCGUCUGGACAUGGUCUGAAGCCCCUCGAUAUUGAAUUCAUGAAAAGGUUACAUGAAAAAGUUAACAUCAUCCCCCUCAUCGCCAAAGCCGACACAAUGACUCCCGAGGAGUGUCAACAGUUCAAGAGACAGAUCAUGAAAGAAAUCCAGGAGCACAAAAUCAAAAUCUACGAGUUCCCAGACACAGAUGACGAGGAGGAGAUGAAGAUUGUCAGGAAAAUCAAGGAUCGUUUACCCUUGGCUGUAGUCGGUAGUAACACCAUUAUCGAGGUCAACGGAAAGCGAGUGCGCGGGAGGCAGUACCCUUGGGGCGUGGCAGAAGUGGAAAACGGAGAGCACUGUGAUUUUACAAUCCUCCGGAACAUGCUCAUCAGGACCCACAUGCAGGACCUGAAGGAUGUGACGAACAACGUCCACUAUGAAAACUACCGUAGCAGGAAACUCGCUGCGGUCACCUACAACGGUGUGGACAACAAUAAGAACAAAGGACAGCUUACCAAACCUGAGACGGAUGAUGGCAUGAGUCCUCUAGCCCAGAUGGAAGAGGAGCGACGGGAUCACGUGUUCAAGAUGAACAAGAUGGAACAAGAAAUGGAACAAGUGUUUGAGAUGAAGGUCAAAGAGAAGCUCCAGAAGCUCAGAGACUCUGAGGCUGAGCUCCAGAGGCGUCAUGAGCAAAUGAAAAAGAACCUGGAGGCCCAGCACAGAGAACUGGAAGACAAACGCCGCCAGCACGAGGACGAGAAGGCCAACUGGGAGGCCCAGCAGAGGAUUCUGGAGCAGCAGAAACUAGACGCCUCCAGGACCUUGGAAAAGAACAAAAAGAAGAAGAUAUUUUAAGAACUCUGGAGGACCUUCGUGAUGUUACAGUGUAUUUUUUUCCUUUGCCAACUUGCCAGCCUUGAUUGUCAGAGCAUCUGUCAAUCAACUACAACCGCUGGUUGACCAUAUUACUGUGUAAUAAUCAAGUGAACGCCAGGGGGCAGCAUUGACUGGACUCUGAAUUUAACCUGCUCAUCCUGUUAUUAUUUCCUAUUGAUUCAGUGCGUAGGCCUGUUUUGGGUCACUGCUCACAAAAACAAGUAUAUUCGCAUAGAAAACAGAGAAGCAGAAGUUCAGAGUUCAGUCUUUCUUUCCUCUUUUCUUCUUCUACUUCGGGAAUGUCGGAUGCUGCGCUGCUCCGUGCUGCAUCCUUUUAAUGCCAAAAAACAAACAAACAAACAAAGAGGUCGGCCUUUCGCUUCCUGCACAUUGGCAGACAGCGUCAGGCUGAAGCUCACCUCAGGCACUGUUUUUAUAUAUAUAUGUAUCUUUCGGUUCACUUAUUUAGGUAUCACAUUUAAUUUCCAUCUCCUGCAAUGUAAAUUGUAUAAUCAUGAACUGUUUUCAAACAUGAGUAACAUGUCCUUACUUUUAGCUUUUUUUUUUUUUCAUUUUGUAUUGGCCCUGGUAUAGAAAUUGUGUUUCCAGUAUGAUAUUUUUUCCAGCCUUGCUCUUGGAAACCAAACAUGUACUCCUGACUUCACUCAUGCUGAGUGUAACAACAUCAAGAAACUGCUCUUGAAGUGCUUUUACGUGAAUUCAUUCUAACUUCUUGUGCAGAUUCUUAUUUAAAAAUAGUUUCCAAUAGAAUCAAAUCUUUCCAGGGGCAGGAUGUGGAAAGCUUGUGUUGUAAUGCUGAUGGAUGGGGAAAGCUGGCAAACAGUGGUCAGCUCAAUAACUGCACCAAGCUGGCUUUCUCUACAUCACAUUCAGCACUGUUUGUUUACUGCAUCUGUAUUUUAUAAUGUCUUGUUUUUAUUGUAAAAAGUCACAUAAUAAAAUUGUGAUGGGGAAAAAAAAA